CUUGAGCGCAUAAAUUAAAGCCUGAGCUGAAACUUAGGAAUGCUAAUGAUGUCCUCCGGCCAGCCACCCCUCUUCGCCGCGUCCUACACCGGAUAAUAAUGCUUUGCAUAUAAUCAAGCAGCCCAUGCAUGACCUUCCACAUUCUGGGAUUCCGCUUUUCAAGUUGGAUCUCCUUGGGCGGCUCACCGUGCUAAUCCAACAACUUGACUGUCAUUACCCCAGCAUACGGACAGGGGAGCAGGAAGCCCAGAAAGCGGGGAUCACUGGGAGAAGGAGGCAGAAAAAACGUUCAUUUGCUCAAUCGUGCACUCGAAAAUGUCAAUUUACAUUUGCGAACUGGGUGGCGACGCACUUCCAGCAGCGGCCAACCCGGGGGCCAAGCUGGAGUCGGGGCCAUCCGGACCAGCUUAAGUUGACUUUAACGCCUCAAUGCAUCCAACUAGAAGAGCCCGACCAAGUCGAAGGGAAUCAUUUCACAUAAGAGAAAGUUUUUGUGUGUGUGCAACAGUGAAAAAAGGAAAACUUUUUAUUAAAGUCAGCACAAAUAGCUUGGACCCGUUUGGGCUUUGGGCUUGGAUUUCUUCCCAGUCCAGCUCCGCCUCGCUCCCCUCACUUUGAUUGAAUCCCUCCACUCACGGCCUCCCACUCACGAAUGUGCUUGACAAUGUGGGCGUGGCCCUGGACUCCGUCUGUUGCUCUGGUCAAGUUAAUUUGUAUGUGUGGCCGUAAACUUUUGCAGCUUAGAGUUUCCAACACGCCUCGAUGGUUGGAGGGCUGGUAAGAUGAUGGGCUGGAGGAAUGGGGAUGGAUGGACGGAUGAAUGGAUGGAUGUUGCCGAAACGGACAAGUGGGUUCGGGCCGUCUCCCCUGAUAUCUCAAAUGCCCAGUUCUGACUCCGUCCACAAUGUGUGAAUUUUGUUAGCUUAUUGCUUUUCUAUGCCGCAUAAUUGCUGACUUCUUUCCCACAUUCGCACACAUCAUUGCACUGCUCCGGAAGGGACUUCGGCAGGGCCCGGGCGGGUGUGUUUGCGACGUUUUGUCCUUAAGUAAGGCGCAUAAAUCAUCGGGGGCUGUGGCGGAGUCCCGAAAUUUAUGCUUGGUUGCAUUUCUGAAGCUCUGUGGGGACGGAGGACCGAGGUCCGAGUGUUUGGCCAAUGGGCAGGAGAGAUAAGGAAUGGCAGGGUGCGCGCAGCCGACCCAACCGAAUCAAAAGAAAAGCUCCCGGAAUCUCUGAAGGGUGCCUUCGAGAUCAGAGGUGUGGGGAGGAGUCUCCAAUAAACACAACAGUCGUGCUUCCGCCAGUUACACAAAGUGUUCUAUGAAUAGUUUCGCCCAUCGUUUGGGGUAGCUAGGCAACUUCACUGAAAUGGGCGCUAAGGCAACCACCGGUUGUUAGGUAAAACAAAUUCGCUCCCAGCCCCAAAAGGCUGUUUCUGCAACGCGAUAAAAUUUAGUUUUCUCGAAGGUUUUCCAGAUUGCAUAUCCGAGAUCAAUUCGCUCCAAAAUGCCCUGCUUCUCUGCCUCGAACGUCCGGUUUGUCAGCGCCGACUCGCAGUUGCAGCAGAAGUGCCAAGAGCUAAGGGCCCGGGCACGAGCUCAGACGGCGGCCUAUCGGCCUCCAGCGGGCGGCUUCCGGCCCUCCACCUCAGCCCCCUUGGGCUUUGCCUCCUUCAAGAGGACGACCUGCGACCAAUCUGCGGCCUACGACCAAAAACAGCUGAAGCGCAAUGAGCGGGAGCGGAAGCGCAACCAGGGAACCAAGCACCUAGUCCUCCGGGCCAAUGAGCUACGCCGACUGAAGGACCAAGGUAAGGUGCCCACAGUGAGCGACAGGCUGCAGGAAAUCGAUCGUCAGGAAGAAAAGCACCGCCAGCAGCUGCAGCUGGUGGAGGAGACGCGCAGACGCUUCAAAGCCAUCGACGAGGCGCGGGGACCGGCGCCCGGCGAUGCCGAAGGAACCAGCUCUGAGUUGGCUGAACUACUGGAGGAAAAGGGGUCGGUGCUGAGCCGAGCAUUCCUGGCCCGGCAGGAACAGGAAGAGGAGGUCAAGCAGAUAAACCGCAUGAUUCUCGACGCCAAGUGCAAGGCUGUACGGGAAGCGCAGAUCCAGGAGAAGCACAUGCUGGCUAAGGCACUGCGGGAAGACGACGAGCGUCUGGCGCGCAUGGUCAAUCAGAGGGCCAAGCAGGCUCUGACCGCCGAGGACGAGCGGGAGCGGCUGGAGGCGGAGAAACGUAACCGGUACGCUAACGAGAUCCGCCAGCAGCUAAGUGAGCGCGAAAACCGGCGUUACCUUGAGGCCAAGCGGGUUGCUGACGAGGCCAAGGACAUCCGCCGUGCCACAGAGCUUCUGCGAGAGCAAGAAGAGCAGCAGCGCGCUUUUGCCCAGCUGCGCAAGCAGCGCUUUCGUGAGGAACUCCAGCGCAUCCGGAACAUGUCCAACGUGUUCAAGACUAUGCUCAGCGAGCAGGAGCGACUGGCCGAGCUGCGCGUCACAGCCUACAUGCGCGAGAAGCAGGAGAAAGAGCGCCAGCUCAAGGAAAUGCAGCGCCUGGCGAAGAAGGAGUUCGAGCGGCGCCAGCAGCGGAUCUUCACAGUGGCCGCGGAGGCCAUGGAGACGCGGCAGGCCAACGAUGAGCUGAAAUAUCUGAAGGACCGUGACCGGGUGGAGCGCGAGUAUCGGCGGCGCGAAAAGGAGGCGGCUAUUGCGAAGCGCGAGGUGGAGCAGGACCUGCUUGAGUCACGGGCUCAGCAGGCCCAGGAGAUGAAGCAGCGCCUGGCCUUGGAGAUCGCCCACGCAGAGGAGGAGUUCGCCAAGGUGAUGGACCGCAUGCGCGAGGAGGAGGAAAAGCAAAAGGCCAUGGACCGACAACGCGACUCCCAGCGCCAGAUCUACCGACAGGACCUGCGCCAGCAGAUAAACGACAAGCAGGCUGAGCGCCGCCGACUCAGCGAGUUGGAGGCAGAGCGGGUCCAGAAGUGGCUUGACCAGGAGAAGCAGCGCGACUCCAACAUUCGCCAGGUUAUUGGCGCCAAGAUUGCCGCCAUGCGAGAGAACUGCCUGCCGGAGAAGUAUCUGCGGGAGGUGGAGAAGCAGCUGAAGGGCAUCCAGGGAGCCCGCAACCGCAUUCGUUGAUGGUUUUCAUUACAACCAAUUAGUCUCUGGAAUUAUCCUUUACGCACUGAAUUUUUUAAAGAAAUAGGAUAAAAAAGUAAACAAAAAAACACAUGUAUUUUUCUUAUUUA